AAUGGCUGAAUAAACAUAAGACAAACAAUUCAAAGGUGUUAAGAAGUUCACCUACAGAGGAUUAUAACUCGAAGAGCUUGUCAAAUUGCCAAUGGAUAAGUUGGUUGAAUAAUUCAGAGCAAGAUAAAGAAGAAGAAUUUCUAAUUAAGGUGAAAAAGUGCAUGCCUUCUAAAAUUUAAUGAAGAAAGUAAAAAAGCUUUGUUUGACAUAAUUAUAGAUUCGUAAAUCAAAGAAAGAAACUUUACCAGGAGAAAAACCUAAACCUGUCAAGACUCAUUAAAGAAAUACUAUUGUAGUUCCAGAGAUGGUUGGAUCAAUCGUUGGAGUUUAUAAUGGCAGAUAAUUUAGUAAUGUUGAAAUUAAAUUUGAUAUGAUUGGCAGGUAUAAAUAAAUGCAAAACUAUAAUUAUAGAUAUUUGGGUGAAUUCUCUUUAACUUAUAAACCAACAAGACACGGAAAACCAGGUGUUGGUGCUACAAAGGGAUCUUAACAUACAGAUUGAU